UGUUUAGGCGAGGUUAUAGGAUAUCAGUAACUGUGCGGACCCCCCCAUUUCAGUGAUGGUAUGUUCCUAAGGGAAGAGAGAAACUAUUCACUCUGGAAAAUACAUCAAAAUGUUGUGUGUUAAAGAGGAAUGUGAGGACAUCAGUGUCAUGGAGGUGUCUGAACUGAAGACUGAAGACGAGGAGGUGAAGGAAGAAACCAUAUUACUAGAAGACAUUAAGGAGGAGUAUAAAGUGGAAGUGAAGCCAUUUCAGGAAGAAUCUGGCCUAAAGACAGAGCACGAAACAAGCUCCAGUGAUGCCCUUGACCCAAACGAUCACCUGAGAAUACACACUGUAGAAGAACCUGCAGAAAAGCCGUUCAGCUGCUCUGAGUGUGGAAAAGGUUUCACCACAUCACAGUACCUUAAAACCCACAUGAGGAUUCAUACUGGAGAAAGACCUUUCACCUGUACUCAGUGUGGGAAGAGUUUGUUUAAUUUAACCCACCUCAAAACCCACAUGAUGAUUCAUACUGGAGAAAAGCCGUACACCUGCUCCGAGUGCGGAAAAAGUUUUACCCAGUCAACCCACCUUAAAACUCACAUGAUGAUGCACACUGGUGAAAAGCCCUUCACCUGCAUUCAGUGCGGGAAAGGUUUUACAAACUCAAGCCACCUUAAAACUCACAUGAGGAUUCAUACCGGAGAGAGACCGUUCACCUGCAGUCAGUGUGGAAAGAGCUUUUUGACAUCCACCCACUACAGAAGCCACAUGAUGAUUCAUACCGGAGAAAAGCCUUUCAGCUGCUCCGAGUGCGGGAAGAGUUUUUCGGAGUCAAGCAACCUGAAGACCCACGUGAUGAUUCAUACCGGAGAGAAGCCGUUCAUCUGCUCUGAGUGCGGAAAAGGUUUUUCAGCAUCGAGAUACCUUAAAACCCACAUGAUGAUUCAUACCGGAGAAAAGCGUUUCCCCUGCUCUGAGUGUGGACAGGGUUUUUCGAAAUCGAAAUACCUCAAAUCCCACAUGAAGAUUCAUACCGGAGAAAAUCCUCUUACCUGCUCUCGGUGUGAGGAGAGUUUUUUGACGUCGGCCACCUACAAAAGCCACAUGGCGAUUCACACCGGAGAGAAGCCUUUCACCUGCUCUGAGUGCGGAAAAAGUUUCUCGGGCUCUAAAAACCUUAAAAACCACAUGAUGAUUCAUACGGUAGGAAAGCCGUUCACAUGCUACCUGUGUGGAAAAGGCUUUUCAACGUCACGUUACGUUAAACUCCACAUGAAGGUUCACACUGGAGAAAAGCGUUUCACCUGCUCUCAGUGCGGGAAAGGCUUUUCAAAAUCAAGGUAUCUUAAAGCCCACAUGAUGAUUCAUACCGGUGAAAACCCGCUGACCUGCACUCAGUGCGGGAAGAGCUGCACCACCAUGAACGCUCUGAAAAGGCACAUGACCGUUCAUAGAAAACACAAACCUCAUCCGUGCUCUCACUGUGAGGAGAGCUUCACACAUCUUUCAGAGUUAAAAGUACACCAGCUGAUUCACACCGGAGAGAAGCCCUUCAUCUGUUUUCAGUGUGGAGAGAAAUCGUCAACAUUAGCAGACUUUAAUAUUCACAUGAUAAUUCAUACUGGAGACAAAACUGUGGAUUAAGUGGUGAAUUAAUUCAGGAGCUUUUAAAUGCUAAUCAAAAGUGUCAAAUAAAAGCACGCCUGCCCAAACUACAGACUGUUGACACGUAUUUUGUUGUCAUAAAUAAUAUAACAUU